GCGCAGAGAGAGAGAGAGAGAGAGAGAGAAAUGACGACCCGAUUCAAGAAGAACCGCAAGAAGAGAGGCCAUGUCAGUGCCGGUCACGGUCGUAUUGGCAAGCACCGAAAGCAUCCCGGAGGUCGCGGUAACGCCGGAGGCAUGCACCACCACCGGAUCCUCUUCGACAAGUACCAUCCAGGGUAUUUCGGCAAAGUCGGUAUGAGGUACUUUCACAAGCUUCGUAACAAGUUCUACUGCCCCAUCGUGAACGUCGACAAGCUCUGGUCGCUCCUCCCCCAGGAGGCCAAGGACAAGGCCACCAAGGACAACGCGCCGCUCAUAGACGUGACCCAGUACGGCUUCUUUAAGGUCCUGGGCAAGGGCGUGUUACCGCAGAACCAGCCCGUCGUGGUCAAGGCCAAGCUCAUCUCCAAGACCGCCGAGAAGAAGAUUAAGGAGGCCGGUGGCGCCGUCGUGCUCACCGCUUAGGUUUGGGUUGUUUUGGAAUUUUGAGCACUAGGGUUUUCGAUUAAAGUUGCUGUCUUUUCGAUUUGGAAUUUCUGUUUAGACUGCUGAGCUACAGUUUAUGUUAUAUUUUGGAAGUUUAAUUAGCGGAUAUUUAUAUGCA